UUGCUGUCGUGCGCACCGCUGAACUUCGACAACUCCUUUCUCUCAAGGAAUUACUCUAUAUGAAAAAGUGGGAUUGUACACUAGAGCCAUAGGUGAUUUUAAGACAAAUACGACCGUCUCAUGGCUUUCUGAAGUUUAAUUGGAUCCGCGCUUUGUUUCCGAGUCAUCGUGGAGGAUUUUUGCGGCUUACAUUGGACAGAGAACGAGGAUCAGGUUGGCCGCUUUCUAAAUGAUUGGAAUCAACGUAGUUCUUUAAGGAUAACACUGAACCGGCUCCAGGAUUCUCUCCCCUCCUCUGUGUGGAAACAGAGGGACCAUGCAGUGGGACAACCUGUGGUGGCUGCAGACCCUGUUGGCCCUGGCAGCAGCGACGCUGGCCUCCCCCAAUGAGCCCCUCUCUGCCCCCCGAGUCUUCCUGUCCUUCAAAGAGCUCAAGUCCACUGGCACGGCUCACCACUUCUCCUUCCUGCUCAACUCGACGGACUACCGGAUCCUGCGCAUGGACGAGGACCACGACCGCAUGUACGUGGGCAGCAAGGACUACAUCCUGUCGCUGGACCUGCACGACAUCAACAAGGAGCCUCUCAUAAUCCACUGGCCCGUGGCCGCGCAGAGGAGGACGGAGUGUGUUUUGUCCGGGAAAGACAUCAACGGGGAGUGUGGCAACUUCAUCCGCCUGAUCGAGCCGUGGAACCGCACCCACCUGUACGUAUGUGGGACGGGCGCUUACAACCCCGUCUGCACCUAUGUGGACCGAGGCCGCAGGUCCCAGGGCUCCCUCUACCUCCAGGCACCUCAGUCAGGAGGGAGGACCAGUCGGGCAGCAGACUUCAGCACCACAGCAGGGCCUCUGGAGCUAAAGGAGUACAUUUUUCGGUUGGAGCCGGGCAAAGUGGAUUCUGGGAAAGGGAAAUGCCCGUAUGACCCUAAGCUCAACAGUGUCUCGUCUUUGAUCAAUGGAGAGCUCUAUGCGGGGGUCUACAUUGACUUCAUGGGGACUGACUCGGCCAUCUUCCGGACGCUGGGAAAGAAUACAGCCAUGAGGACAGACCAGUACAACUCUCGCUGGUUGAACGACCCCACCUUCAUCCACGCACACCUCAUCCCAGACAGCGCGGAAAAGAACGACGACAAGCUGUACUUCUUCUUCCGGGAGAAGGCGUCCGACAUGGGCCAGAGCCCCAUGGCCCAGUCCAGGAUCGGCCGCAUCUGCCUGAAUGACGACGGUGGUCACUGCUGCCUGGUCAACAAGUGGAGCACCUUCCUGAAGGCCCGGCUCAUCUGCUCCGUGCCGGGGCGGGACGGGAUUGAGACGCACUUCGACGAGCUCCGGGAUGUGUACAUCCAGCCCACUCAGGACACCAAGAACCCAGUCAUCUAUGGCGUGUUCUCCGUUUCAGGCUCGGUGUUCAAGGGCUCUGCCGUGUGUGUCUACUCCAUGGCUGACAUCCGGCAGGUCUUCAACGGACCCUUCGCCCACAAGGAAGGUCCUAACUACCAGUGGGUGGCCUACACUGGGAAGAUCCCCUACCCUCGCCCUGGAACGUGUCCCGGGGGCACGUUCACCCCCAACAUGAAGUCGACGAAGGACUACCCCGACGAGGUCAUCAACUUCAUGAGGAACCACCCCACCAUGUACAACGCCGUGUACCCGGUGCACAAGCGCCCCCUGGUGGUGCGCACCAACGUGGACUACGAGUUCACCACCAUCACCGUGGACCAGGUGGCGGCCGCCGACGGGAGCUACGAGGUGCUGUUCCUGGGGACAGACCGCGGCACGGUGCAGAAGGUGAUCGUCCUGCCCAGAGACGACCUGCAGACUGAGGAGCUGGUCCUGGAGGAGGUGGAGGUGUUCAGGAUUCCGACCCCGAUCACCAGCAUGAAGAUUUCCUCCAAGAGGCAACAGCUGUACGUGGGCUCCGUGCUGGGCGUCACCCACCUGGCCCUCCACCGCUGUGACGUGUACGGCGAGGCCUGCGCCGACUGCUGCCUGGCCAGAGACCCCUACUGCGCCUGGGACGGCAACUCCUGCUCCCGCUACUCUGCCUCCCAGAAGAGGCGCAGCCGCCGGCAGGAUGUGAAGUACGGCAACCCAAUCCGCCAGUGCCGCGGCUACAACUCUAACGCCAAUAAGAACACCCUGGAGAUGGUUCAGUACGGGGUGGAGGGCAGCACCACCUUCCUGGAGUGCCAGGCGCGCUCCCCUCACGUGUCUCUCAAGUGGCACCUGCAGAGGGAGAACAGCGACAGGAGGAAGGAGAUCCGCUCCGAGGGCCGCCUCCUGAAGACCGAGCAGGGCCUCCUCCUGCGCUCCCUGCAGUCGUCCGACAGCGGAAUCUACCAGUGCACGUCCACCGAGAAGAACUUCAAGCACACCCUGGUCAAGCUGCAGCUGGUGGUGCUCUCCGGACGCACCGUCAACAACGUGCUGGUGGAGACGGGCAGCCCCGCCCUGCCGCCCCUUCAGUCCAGCGCCUGGACGCCCAGCGCCGGCCAGUACAAGGACCUGCUGACCAUCCUGAGCCAGCCUGAGAUGGGCCUCAUCAACCAGUACUGCCAGGACUACUGGCAGCUGGGGGAAGGCAGCCUGGCGGAGGCCCCCCCGGGGCUCAGCAAGGCCAAGGGACUGAAGGAGCUCAAGGACCAGAAGAAGCCUCGCAACCGCCGGCAUCACGAUGAGCAGACCACCCCGGGCGAUACAUGAGGGCCCCCCCCCCCCUCCGGAGUCGGCCCCCUCUCACGCACCCCUCCUCUACAUCUCCUCGCCCCCACCCUUGUCGUGUAUCUGUGUCCCUCUCUGCACACCCUUACAACGUGGGGAAGACCUCCGCACAGGAUUCGAAAACCGAAAUCUCGAACCCCCCCAACCCCCCCCCCCCCCAAGAAACGCCAACAGCAAACAGGUUCUUCUUAACGGUUGGAAAAGUUACACAGUAUUUAUUGUAGGUUGUACAUAGUAGGAUUCUGUGCAUUUCUUUGUACUUAACUAGGAACGUUUUUUUUGUGAAUAGGUAAAUCUGUGCAAAUAUUGUUGUUAUGAUAUUAUUGUCGUUAGUUGUAUUGUUUAUUACAAAUUGUGUUAUAUUACAAAUAUCUUUAUGCUUUGUUUUUUGGAGAAACAGCAGCACUUCACAGCAGAACUGAAAGUGUAUAUAUCAUGGACAUGGAUUUAUGGACAUGGACUGAAGGACUGAUGUAGAUUCUUCAAGAAAGGUUAUAGUGCACUGGCUGCAUGUUGGAUCAACUUCAACUGCUGGUGGUAACCAGCCUCUGAUAUGGAACACUAUCCAGGACCUUCAGAAUGAACAGCUGACUCCAUUAUGGGACACAGCCAAUGGACUCUUAAGAUAAGGCAUUUCACGAAUGCAGAGAAAGGGAAAGCCCACAGACUGUAGCUUUGAGUAUAUUCAUUGGCCACACCUGUGUGAUGGGAGGUGCCGUAGGGUUAGCUGACCAAUGGGGUUUGAAAAGACCCAGAACCGCGUCGUUUCUUCCACAGACUGCUGAAGGAGGCUUCCAUCCUUUUCUCCUUGAGCACCCCCCCCCCUCUCCUGCUACAUCUACAAUACCUGCCAAGUCUCUUCCAAAGUAGUUGCUGUGGGGUGUUUUGUUUAUGUGUAAAUAUGACAUCUCAAUGUUGUAUCCUUGAGAAUGUGAUGCUUAGAAAAGCUGUUUUUAGGG